GCAAAUAAACAUCUAAAGCAACGGUUUAAAACGAUUUUAAUUAAAAUUUAAAAUAAAAACAUAAGAAAAACAUAAACAAUAUAAUUUGAGACAACAUGAGAGGUUUAACGAUUUUAAUGUUUCUGCUGUUGUCAGUGCUGAGUGUAACAACGAUCAAUGCCAAGAGUAUGGGUGGCAAAGAUCAACCAGCAGAAAAGGCCGAAAUGUCUCCAUCCAAUGACAUGAUGAUGAAUCCGGAAGAGUCAAAUGAGGAUAACCAAAACAAACCAGAGGAGAAAGAAGAUGAAGAUAUGAUGAUGUCGCCAACAACAAAAAAACCUCAAAAUGAAAUGAAGAAAAAUAAAACCACAAACUCACCAAUGGACAAAAAAGCUGAAAAUGAAGACACAACAAACAAUGAUGAACAAUCAGAUGAUAAGGAAGAGGAGCAGGAAAAAAUGCCUUCAUCUACCACGAAAAAGCCAAAAAAAUCAAAAACAACUACUACAACCACCACUACCACCCAAAAACCCAAAACUAUGCCAAAAGAUGAUAAUAAUGCAGCCGAAGAAAAAGAUGAUGAUGAAGAGCAGGAAAAUGAAGAAGAUGAGGAGGAGGACAAUGAUGAAGAAGAUCCCAUGGAUAUAAUGAUGGAAACUACAACCACCACAACUAAAAAACCUAAACAAUCCAGUACUACCCCUAAUAGUUCUCAAAAUAAAGAUAAUAAAGACACCACAAUCACAACCACCACCACUACCACCUCAACAACCCCUCAGCCCAAUAGCCUAGAUGAAGAUUUAAAAACCCUUAUGGAUGAGUGUAAAAAAUUGCGCAGCAAAAAGAAAAACAGCUCAGAAGAAAACAGUUCGGAGGACCAAAAAAAACGUCAUAAUCAUGUCUCCAAAAAAGAUCGCAAGCGUUUAAAGCAAUUGUGCAAAGGACUCGCCAAACAACAGGAGCGCCAGCAACAGCAGAGAGUCGCUGAUGCCAUACAACGUCUAGGCUCCCAACUAUUAGAUACCGACAAUUCAGAUAUGCCAAGAUUAAGUGAUGUGCUUAAGCGUUUGGAAGAUCGCUUUACUGGACGCAGGCAUUAAGUUAGAAUUUAAGAAAAUUUUUACAAACAUUUUUAGAAAAAUUAAAAGUUUUAAGUUAAUUGUACACAAUUAGAAAAAUAUGUAUAUAUUUUUAUUAUUUAAUUUGGAAUUACUUAUUUGGCUAUAAUAAUACUGUGAUACAUGUCAUCCAGUACCACCGAAUAACAACAAGUAAAAUGCUUUCAAAAAAAAACCUAACUCAACUGUCGGAAAAAACCUUUAAGUAUGUAUUAGUAAAAUUUUGUUCAUAUGUAUUGGUAUUCAAACCACUUUCAUCACACUCCACACUAAAACACACAUCGUUGUAAAAAUUAUGUUUAAAUUCUAAAUUCAAACAAUUAGUUAAAAGAUUUUAUAAAGAUAUUUUUCUGUUUUAUAUUUCAUAUUUUUACCAAAAAAAAACU